AAAGUGAUCACAGUCCUCCUCACUGACCUCAGAAGCUACUCACUUAGUUUGCCACUUUUGGACGGACUGUGGAGGAGCAUUGCAACAGCGUUACUGUGCAUGUCACAGGUGUGUUGCUUAGUUUCAGAGAAGUUUCAAGAUGAAAAGGUUGGGAGACACUGUACCACUGUGAUAAAUAAAUCAGUAUUGAAUGAAGAAACACAACAUUGUUUUAACAACCUCAUUCACUCAAAAGUAAGUUUCAUAAACUCAGAACUUAAUUCUCAGGAAAUUGUCCCUUGUAAAGUCAGUUUGUCCUCUAACAAGUUACCCGACACAUACAAGACCACAAUACGAAGGCAUGCUGACACAACAGCCUGCCAAUGUGUCAAAAAGAAUUUUCAUGCCAUCCUAUAUCGUAACACAAAGACGAUAAUUACUUAGAGCUAUGGCUACUACAAUAAUAUCGUUCUUCCUCCAAGGGUGGCGCUGUAGCUUAUUUAUCCCGGACUGGUCCUUUAACUGUGACGUUUUACUUUUCUUCCACGUUGGCCGCACAUGCGCAGAGAGCGCGUUCACCUGCUGGAAAUCAGAGGCGAACAAGGAAGUCUAGCACCGAGGGCUGGAUGUCAACUUAAAAGAAACUAAAUACAUCUCCGCCGGAUAGUAGUCAUCUACUCGUCAGCUGUUUGCUCCAUCGGCGUGGCGAGAUGUUUAAAAAACUGAAGCAGAGGAUUAACGAGGAGCAGUCUCCGCAGAGGAAUGCGCAGUCACCACAGCAGGCCCAGACAGGUGGUGGAGACCGGCGCGGCAGCCAAACCCUCCCGUUUCAUCCAGAUGGCACGCCCUCCCCCAGUGACAGAGAGGUGCUGGCCGGGAUGAUAGCAGAGCCCGCUUUUCUCUCUGAGUAUACUAUCUUUGCUCUGGACCAUUCAAAACGACCCAAAACGGCCCAGGUAGCCAGUGUGAAUGCCUCUAAAGGACCAGCAAGGUCUCCCAGAGGUAGCAUCAAUGGGGACGGAAGUGCCUCUCCUCAUAGAGAGGAGACGCCGUCACUUGUCCAAAAAUUGCAGUUAAAAGUCCCCUCGAUGGAGUCGUUGAUUCGUGGCGGUGCCAGUCGCGCAGAGAACCUGUUCCGCUCUCCCUCUAAAGAAAACCUGGUCCGAAGCUCAUCACGAGACUCUCUGACGCCUUUGGGAGAAAAUGAUUCCCUCGGUGCCCCUAUGUAUGAUCCCCCCUCAGAUAUUGAGAGCGAGGCUGAGGAGCCACCAGGAACUACAGAGUCCCUCUCCAAAGAGCAGCUGAUGCACCGACUGCUCAGAGUGGAGAGGAGCCUGGGGAAGUACAGGGGGAAGUACUCAGAGCUGGUUACAGCGUACAGAACAGUGCAGCGAGAUAAAGAAAAAACACAGGUUAUCCUCAGUCAGAGUCAAGAUAAAGCUCUCCGCAGGAUAGGGGAGCUGCGGGAGGAGCUUCAAAUGGACCAGCAAGCCAAGAAACACCUACAGGAAGAGUUUGAUGCUGCGCUGGAGGAGAAGGAUCAGAUGAUUACUGUACUGCAAACACAGGUUGCUCUGUUGAAGAAACGAGCUAAGGGUUUCUCUGACGGUCCUGUGCCUCCUGAGGAUGACGUCCCUCAAUCUGAAGAUGCUCCGGACUCUUCCACACAGAGUCCUUCAAAGGAGCAGGGAGAGGAAGUCACUGAAGGAGAGGGCAACAGUGAUCCGACCAAACUCAUGGAGGCCCUGCAGAAGAGAGUUAAGAGGCAGGAAAACCUCCUGCAGAAGUGCAAAGAAGUGAUGCGCACACACAAGGAGAGGAGCGCCCAGCUGGGCACAGAGAAUGAAACUCUGCAGGAGCAGCUGCAGGAGAGGCUGCAGGAGCUGGAGAAGAUUAAGGAGUUGCACACAACAGAAAAGACAAAGUUGAUCACUCAGCUUCGUGAUGCAAAGAACCUCAUUGAGCAGCUGGAGCAGGACAAGGGUAUGGUCAUUGCCGAGACAAAGCGCCAGAUGCAUGAGACACUGGAAAUGAAAGAAGAGGAGGUUGCACAGCUUCGCUCCAGGCUCCAGCAGGCAACUGCCCAGAAAGAAGAACUACAGGAACAGAAAGAAAAGGCUGAAAAAUCAGCAUUUGAAGAACUUGAACGUGCGCUGGGUGUAGCUCAGAAGGCCGAGGAGGCCCGAAAACAGCUGCAGGUUCAGCUGGAGGAGAGAGUGAAAGAAGUCGAGAGGGUCAAUGAGGAAGAGAGGAAGAGUUUGCAGGAGAAGCUCACACGGGUCAAACAGGAGGUCGUCACCAUCAUGAAGAAAUCAUCAGAGGAAACAGUGGUCAAUAUGGAAAAACUCCACAAGGAAGCCCUGGCUGCUAAAGAAGAAGAGAUGAGUGCCAGAAUCAACAAAGCUGUCGAGCAGUGCAAAGAGGAGUUUGCCCAGUUAGGUAAGGAGCGAGAUCAGCAGGCAUCUCUGGCGCUGGAGGAUGUAGAGUUACAGAAGACGGCCAUACGGACAGAGGCUGAUAACAAGGUUAAAGAUAUACAGCUGGAGCUGGAGGCUGCAAGGACUAGAAUACUUGAGCUGGAGAGCUCUCUCGAGAAGAUCUCACAAGAUGGAUCCUGUCUGUCCCAUGAACUUUCCAAGCAGUUGGACGAGCUGAAGGAUAAACACAAAGAGCAAAUCUCUGCAUUAGAGGAAAAGCACCAGGAGCAGCUGGAAAAGCACAAGGGCACCCUAACCCAGCAGCACGAUGCUGCUCUCGAGGAGCUCAAGGAAAAACACCAAGCUGAAGUAGAGACCCUCCUGAAAGAUAAAGAACUGCAGUUCCAAGCACAUGUUGAAGACAUGAACCAGAAAACUUUAGAGAAACUGGAAGCAAAGCAGUCAGAGCUGGAGGCAGUUUCCGCUGAACUUUCUGAGGCUUUGAAGGGUAAACAGCUCCUGGAGCAGAAGUUGGUUGCAGCUGAAGAGGUUCAUAGGUUAGCUCAACAGGAACAUGAGAAGAGGUUUCAAGAGUGGGAGGCAAAGCACAAUGUAGAGCUGGCAAAUAUCAAACAGGAGCAUGAGCAGUCUCUUGGAGGAAUAGAGAAAACUCUGAAGGAGGAACUUAACGCAUUGAAGAUUGUUCUGAGGGAAAAGGAAAAGGAAAUUAAAGAACACAUGCUCAAGCAAAAAACAUUACAAGAGGAAUCACAAGAGCUAAAUGUCAAGGUAAAGGAAGUGGAGGAGCUGCAGCAGUGUUUAUCGCAAUCCAAGCUGGAUAAUGAGAGCCUAAAGGAAUCUAAUGCACAGCUGAGUGAGAUCUCAAAGGAUCUUGAUCAGUGUAGAAAGGAUUUGUCAGAUUUGGAGCAUCAGUUGGAAGUAGCAAAGAAUGACUGCCAACAGAAAGAGAAGUCGCUUCAAGAGCUAGAGCAGCAAUUACAACAAAGCAAAAAGGAGCUGUCAGAGAAGGAGAAGUCAUUUACUGCAGAGCUGAACACUAAACAGGAAGAACAGACCUGCCUCAUGAAACUGCUGGAUGAUGAAAAAGCUGAUCAUGAGAAGAAGUUGAAAAACACUAUAAGAGAGAGGGAUGAGAUAGAAACUAAGCUGAAAACACAGGAAACAAAAAUGGAAAAGCUUAAACAGAAAGCCAAAGACAUGCAUGAGAGCUAUAAGAAAAAGAUUCAGCAGAAUGAAGAAAACAUGAAGAUAGAACUUGCAAAGAAGGAGAAAGAGCUUCAGCAGAAAGAGCAACAAGUUCAAGAGAAAAUCAUAGAGAUGGCUCAAAAGAGUUCCCAGGGCCUGAGCAGCACAGUGUCCGAGCUGCAGGCCAACCAUAAGGAAGAGGUGGAGAAGCUACACGACACCCACAAGCAUGAGAUUGAGGAGCUGGAGCGUCGGUUGCAGGAAAAGUUAGCACAGCAAGAGGAGGAAUUAAUGGAGAAACACUCGAACAUAUUACAGGAGAAGGCUCAGGAACUGGAGGAAAUUUCUCAGCAACUUAGCCGAGGCAAACAGGAGAACGAGCAAGUGUUGUGCGAAUUGAAGGAUCUAAAGGAGGAGCUGGUGAUUCGAGAAACCACCGUGCAGAAGCUGCAAGAAGAGCUGAACGAAGCAGCGGUUAAGCUUGAAAGUUUGUCUCAGGCUGAGGCGCUGCUGAAAGAGCAAAUGGAGUCAGUGGAGAGAAACCUCAACCAGGCUCUGAACGAGAGGAACUCGCUGCAAGACCAGCUUAACGCAACCAAGGAGGAGGACACAGAGAAGUUGAAGACCUUGUCAGAUAAGCUGGAGGAAACGGAGAUGCAACUGAAAGCUCUUGAAGGUUCCAGAUGUAAAGAGACUGAGGAGUUGCAGACUAAAUUUGAGGAAAGUUCCUCUCAGCUACAAGCUGCUAUCCAUACUAAAGAAGAAAGAAUUUGCACUUUAGAGGAGAAUCUCCGCCAGCAGACGGAGGCAAAUAAGAAUCUAUGCAUUUCAUUAGACCAGAUGACCGCUCAGGUAAAUGCUCAAACGGAGCAUGUCGAAGCCUUAACACAUGAGAAGGAGAAUAAUUCUCAGUCUAUCAGUGAGAAAGUUCAGAAAAUUGAGGAGCUGAGUGAGGCAAACAGAAUCAUAUCGGAAAGUAUUAAAGCGAAUGAGUUGCGUAUCAGCGACUUGGAAAGCAUCAUCAGUGACUUGAAAAAUCAGCUAGCAAGUAGCAUAAAAGAGAAGGAGGAAGCCAUAAAUCAGCUGAACCAGCAGUAUGAAGAGGAGAGACACCAGGCGGCUGAAACCAUAGAGAGAUUAGAGCAGGAGAGAAAGUCUGCGUUAGAGCAGGCGGAUGUACUCAGGAGCAGUCUGUCUGAGUACGACACCAAGUUCACCCAGAAUGACAACACUAUCAUGUGUCUCCAGGGCAGGCUUGACGAGCUGGAGCGCGAAAUCGCUGAAAAGAAUGAAGCCCUGCAAACGCUGACAGCAAGUAUUGACAAUCAGUCCAUCAGCAAGUCGGAGAUGGACCAGGUGUUGAGUGAGAAAGAGCAGAAGGUCAGCGGACUCACCUCGGAGCUGGAGGGUAGCAUCAGUCGACUUGGCGAGCUCCAGGAGCAGUUAGCCUUAAAGACAAAAGAGUGUGAACAACUCACAGCUGACCUCAAACAGCAGCACAGCAUCAGGGAGAGCGAAAAGAAAGAAUUGGUAGAGCAGCUGCAGCAGACCCAGAUGCAGUGCACUCAGAACGGUAAUUUGGAGCAGGAGAUGGUAGAAAAACUGCGCUCCCUGGAGGAAGAGUGUAAACACAAGCUUGAAAGUCAAAGGGCGGAAUUCGAAAAAGCAAAAGAUGAGAUUCUACAGAGCAAAGAGGAGAAUCUGAAGGCAACUGAAGAGAAGUUGUCUGCAGAGAGUGCCCGGAAAGUGUCCGAGCUGAAGAAGAAAGCUGAGCAGAAAAUCGGUCAGAUUAAGAAACAGCUAACCUCACAGCUUGAGGAAAAGGAGCAGGUGAUCAAGUCUCUUCAAACGAGCCUGGACGAAAUGAAGAGCAACGAAACAGCCGGCAAACAACAUGCAGAAACGUUAGAAGAGAAAACAAAAACCCUCGAGGAUGCUCUCGUCAAGCUUAAGGAAGAGCAGGAGAAAAAUCUUGAGCAGAUUCUGAGUAAUGAAAGGCUUGAGAAAGAGAAGUCUUUAGAGGAAUUGAAAAAUGCGUACGAAGAGAAGCUGCGAGAUGUAGCGCAACAAGGGGAGCUCAAAGAAAAUGAAUCAGCACUACAUGAAAUCGAGGCCAGGCUCAAAGAAGCAGAAGAGCAGAAUGGAAACCUCGCCGCGGAAAUUAAUCGGCUGAGAGAAGAAAUAUGCGAGAAGGAAGCUCAGCUUGAUCAACAUCAGGAAACUAUUAAACAGAUCCAGAAUUCAUCACGACCUGAGGCCGAGACGAUGGUGGAGUGUAGCAGCGUACAGCAAACCAUGAGCGCGAUGGAAAACCACUCGACGGAAGACGGCGAUUCUCUCGAGUCUGUCAAGAGUAAUCUGAGUCAGGUGAAGAACGAGAAGGAGAAAAUCCUCAAGGACUUCACCAGGCUACAGAAAGACAUCCGAUUACUGAGGAAGGAGCACGAGCAGGACCUUGAAUACAUGAAGAAGGAGUUGUUAGAGGAACACGAGGAAAAGCUAAAAUUAGAGUUGGAAGAUGUGGAAAUGAAGCACAAUUCUGCCAUCAAGCAGCUAAUGAGAGAGGUCAACACUCAACUGGCCUUGAAGGAGGCGGAGCUAAAUACGGCGGUGAAGGAGGCCAUUGCAAAAGCCCAGAGUGUUGAAGCAGAGCUCAUCAGUAUCCACCGUGAAGAAGUCAGUCAGCUGAAAAAGCUUGUUGCCCAGAAGGAGGAUGAUUUGCACAGAACUGUUCAGAAGUAUGAACAGGUUUUACAGAGUCGAGAGGAGGAGAUGGGUGACAGAGUGUGGCAGGUCCAGAAAGAACUGGAGGAGCUGCAAGGAAGGAGCCGUGUCACAGUUGAGGAAGAGAUGACCCCAGAAGAACUACAGGCUCAGCUAGCGGAGAAGACAACUUUGCUGAGCGAGGCUCGACUGAAGGAGCAGGGCUUUAUUGAGAAAAUUCACUCGCUUGAGGACAAGAUUAAAUGUUUCCACCGGAGCACUGUUGUAACUCAUCUUGGGAGCACAUUUAAAGAUCCUGGAUUCAACAGCUCAGAUUCACUCUCAGAGGCCACAGAGAUGGAGUACCUGAGGAAGGUGUUGUUUGAAUACAUGAUGGGACGGGAAACAAAAACGAUGGCCAAAGUGAUUACCUCGAUGCUCAAGUUUCCUCCGGACCAAGCGCAAAAGGUUUUGGACAAGGAAGAUACAAAAACGAUUACUUGGUUACGAUGAGUGUCUGAACAAUCCGUGUAAUUUGGGACGAGAAUCUGCUGCUAUUGCUGCUGAAGGGGAAAGACUGCCAUGGAUCUGAUGGAGCCCUUCUCUCUGCAUUUCCUGUCAUUUUUAUGUGUGUGUGUGUGUGUUUGAAUGUGUGUUUGAGCACACACUGGGACAUAAGUGUGUGGUGAGUGUGUGUGUGUGUGUGCGCGUGUUGUGCAGAAUGUUUGACUAUAUCUAAAGGUAUGAGGGAUUUAGAGAAUAUGCCAGAAACACAAAUCUUCCAUGAAUCCAAUUUUACUCUGAAAGAAUUAAGUUUGUUAAUUUAUACAUUUUAGAUUAAGUUAAAUUGUUUCCUCUUCGUUUUAGAAUGUGUUUAUACCGAUUGGCUUGUGCAAUAAAUAAUGUCACUAUCACGUCUUGAAGCUGACAGGUCAGUUGAUUUAUAGGUUUUCUGUGUUGUGCUGUUGUCUGAGUCACUUCCUGUGUUAAACUGUAAACGACCCUUUAACUGUGCACUCGCUCCACGUUAAGAUAUAUAUACACACUGGCCUCUGGACCUUGUUUGUUUAACACAGCUUUUCUAUGCUUUAUAUUUUGUCACUGACAUGAACACAAAAACACAAAAUGUAAAUUGUACUAUGAUAAUUGAAACUGUACUAUAGGGCACUAUAUGACUUACUAUACAUUUUCAGACUAACAGAUUAAAUCUUAUUUACAGAACA